AUGACGGGUGUUAUCGCGUGUUUAUCAUGUAAAAAUGGUCAACUGUUUCUGCGUUCAUCAUCUAUUCGAACUCUUCUGGCUCCAUCAACUAUUAGUUCACAUAAAAAUGUCGAACAAAAACGGUCGAUUCAAUUUUUCCUCAGUAAAGAAGAUAAUAAACAAGCUUUAAGAGAUUCGAUAUGGUUCUAUUCAAAUCCGGAGUAUACAAAAUGGAAGGUGAAGCCUGUUCGUCAAGAUUUGUUACAAGAGGCACCGCCGAAACGCAAAUUACGAAAUUUUAAAAUCAAUUUUGGUCCACAACAUCCAGCAGCUCACGGAGUUUUACGUUUAAUUGUUGAACUAGAUGGUGAAACAGUACUACGCGCCGAUCCACAUAUUGGUCUGUUACAUCGUGGAACAGAAAAACUAUGUGAAUACAAAACAUAUAUACAGGCAUUGCCCUAUUUUGAUCGUCUCGAUUAUUGUUCAAUGAUGACUAAUGAACAAGUUUAUUCGUUGGCAAUCGAACGUCUUCUUGGUAUUAAUAUUCCUGAUAGAGCAAAAUGGAUAAGAGUACUGAUGGCAGAGAUGACACGUAUAUUGAAUCAUACAUUAGCCGUUGGAUGUCAUGCAUUGGAUAUUGGUGCCAUGACACCAUUCUUUUGGAUAUUUGAAGAACGAGAAAAAAUCAUGGAAUUUUAUGAGAGAGUUUCCGGUGCUCGAAUGCAUGCUGCAUACAUUCGACCAGGUGGCGUUGCGUUUGAUCUUCCAUUAGGCUACUUGGAUGAUAUACAUGCUUGGUGUCAACAGUUUUCACGUCGUAUUGACGAAGUUGACGAUAUGUUAUCAGAAAAUCGUAUAUGGAAUCAAAGAACAGUUGGAAUUGGCACAGUGACAGCAGAAGAAGCAUUGAAUCUCGGUUUUUCUGGAGUUAUGGUACGUGGUUCAGGUAUUAAGUGGGACAUUCGUAAGAGUCAACCGUACGAUGCUUAUGAUCAAGUUGAAUUUGAUGUACCAAUAGGAGUUAACGGAGAUUGUUAUGAUAGAUAUUUAUGUCGUAUGGAAGAAAUGAGACAAAGUUUACGUAUCAUGGAGCAAUGUCUGAAUAAAAUGCCAAGCGGCGAAUUCAGAGUUGAUGAUCACAAAAUUGUACCACCUAAACGAGCAGAAAUGAAAGAAUCAAUGGAAGCACUUAUUCAUCAUUUCAAAUUAUUUAGCGAAGGUUUUCAAGUACCUCCAGGAGCCACAUACACGGCCAUAGAAGCACCAAAAGGUGAAAUGGGGGUGUAUUUGGUAUCAGAUGGAUCUUCUCGUCCUUAUCGUUUACAUGUGAAAGCGCCCGGUUUCAUUCAUUUGGCUGCCCUUGAUCGUAUUAGUCGUCGACAUAUGUUAGCAGAUUUAGUUGCUAUUAUUGGAACAUUGGAUAUUGUAUUUGGUGAAGUUGAUCGAUAA